CCCCUUCAUCGAUUCCAUUCCGCCUUUCACGCUCCCUUUCCUCCCUCUCCCUCCUCUCCCGCUCCUCCUCCUCGUCCCGCCUCCGGUCCUCCUCCUCGUCCUCCCUCCGCGCCUGUGCCAGACACGAAUGCGCUCGCAGCCGCUCCAACGUCCACCUGGCUCCCGGGUCUUUCAAGAACAAACCCUCCAGCAUCUCAUGCAGCUCGGGCUCAACGCUUUGGCCGCCCCUGGCCUCCCCCUCUCCAUUCUCCCCUCCCGCGGCCCCUCCCUCGCCGUCUUCCUCCACGGGGGGGAUCUGAACUUCCUCUUCCUGGAUGGCCGCGAAGAGGGGGGCGAGCCCAGCCUUCUGGAAGGGCAGGCGCCCGAAGAGGAAGCAGUACAGGCAAAGACCCGCCGCCCACACGUCCACCGGCCAGGGGAAGAAGCCCUCGCCCGAGCAGCACUCGGGCGCGAGGAAAUUGUAGGUGCCGGAGGUGUCGAAGAGCUUCCCCCGGUCCCCGG